AUGUUGAAAUGCGCCCAUCGAAUUAUGACCCAUCACAGGGCCGAUAUGAGGAAAAUCGAGGGCAACCGCAGUUUCACUAGCAUAUUGAGGGCAUUCCGUGAUGGUCAGAAUAUCAUCUGCUCAAUUCACACUCUGGUUGAGACGCUUGCAGACAUGACUGCCAUUGCGACAAACCAUAACACGUAUGUCUGGGCAGAGGGAAACCAUCACUUUGUCUUCGCUGAUGACGAGCUUCAUGUCAAACCCCCAAAACAGGAGGCACUGAGAAUGAGGCUUUUGGAGAGGGGCUGGUGCCCAAACGACGUGGAAUACAUCACCAAUACGUUUGCCUUGUGUAGGCAAUACUACAUCAGCAACCUCCGAAGGCGGGCUAGCGACAAGCCUCACACUGCAUGCUCUUCAUCUUUGUGUUUUUUGAAGGAUAAUAAAUCUAAAUUUCAACAGCCUAAGCACCGACACAGCAAGUGCAAUUGCAUUUCCAUUAGCACGCAAGAUGACAGAGUUACGGCCUCUUUGAAGGACGGAAAGAUUCCCAGAAUACAUAUUUGCCCGAUGCUUCCUAUGAAAGACAAUACAGGCCAAUGCGAAAUUAAAAAUUCGGGGAAAUAUGUCGCAAUAUCACAUGUAUGGUCUCAUGGGCUUGGAAAUUCCUCCGCUAACGAACUCCCACAAUGCCAAAUUCUCUACCUCCAACAGCUUGUUCAAAACCUGUAUCCUCCUCAUCAUUGCCCGGUACACCUUUGGAUCGAUACACUGUGCAUUCCAGCGGAGUCGGAAGGAAAGAAGCUCGGUCUAAGGCUUCUCAAGAAGGCUUUUCAUGAGGCGGAUAAAGUUCUUGUGAUCGACUUGGAGCUCCUUGAUAUCCACAGUGUAUCGGAUGAAGAAAUUCUUAUUCGAAUUAAUCGCUCGGAAUGGAUGAGAAGAUUAUGGACACUCAACGAAGCAGUGAUUUCAGGUCCAAAACUUCAUGUGCAAUUAUCGCAGCGAGCAGUGGACUUCAAAACUCUCUUGGGUUGGCACUGUCCCGCAGACGGCCCUCCCGAGUCGUCUUUACCAGGGCCUGAGUCUGUACCUGACCUUGACCAUGAUACUGCUGGCCAUUUUGCUAAGAUUUGGGCAAUUAGCAUGGAAAAAAAUCUUUUCCGUCGACUGGCCAAGCUCAUCCCGGUUCUGCAUCGCCGAAGGGUAACCGACAAGGCAGAUGAAACCAUUUGUAUUGCAACUGCACUUGGCCUUCCAGUCGAACCACUUUUGGACUGUCACCCUGAAUUGCGGAUGAAAACACUGAUCUCCAUGCUCCUCAAGAUCCCAUGCAAUGUUAUCUUUUCGAACGCUCCAAGGCUAGGAGAUAUUGGUCUUCGCUGGGCGCCCAAAACUCUCCUGACCGGAGAUCUGGACUUUAUGAACACGAAUCGGGCGGAGCAGUUUUACGGCAGCUGGACAGGAUCCGGGAUCUCUGUUCGGUUGGGAGGGUUCGAACUCCACGUCUACCAGAAACGCUUUAUCCGAUACCUCGCGCACAUUCCGCUAAAGAAGUUUUACUUCUCCUAUGAAAAUAAGUGGCUAUUUGCCACUUUAGUUAUCCCUGAUGGCCAGGAGACACUCGCAGCUGUUGUCACCAGGCCAAUUCUUCGAUUUGCUUUGGCCGUGGAUCCGUCCUUCGCACAGCGACGAGCAAUCUUACUUGGUGUGCACAAUGAAGAACGUCAUUGUAUAGAGGUGACGUACCUAGCCAGGUACAAUAUUGGAUUCCUUGGGGACUCAUUCAAGCAGUGUGCAGAAAAUAUAAAACGAUGUGCUAUUGAAUCUGGGUAUGACCUGAACCCCGAUAUAAGUGACAUGAAUCAAGAAGAAAGGGACUCAUUUGAGCAGAUCAACGCGGCGCACGAAGGACUCUUCGCCCUGGGUGCCUCUGCUGCCGUAAAUGAAUCGUAUUCUUUAGGACAAGAGUGGCAUAUCCAGUGA